CUGUCUCCAAAGGCUUCACUUCUGCUUCCUUUUUCUUCCCAAUCCUCUUUUGCCCAAUUCAGUCCAACACCUAUCUAUCAGUCAUGGUGUCCCCCUCAUCUUCCCUCCAACUUUUCUGAAUCACUCUUCAGUCACUUGCACGGUUCCAUCUCUCAAAACGAAGAACGGUAAAUCAAUAUGCUAAAGAUUACUUUUUUUUAAUCAACAGUAGUCUGAAAGCAGUCAUCCUCUCUCUCUCUCGCUUUCCCUUCUCCCAACCUCGCCUCCCCCAAUCUAAUCCUAUUAACUGGUAAAAAUUCCAGUCGAAACUCAUCAAAGCUUCCUCCUUUCUCCAUCCAAAUCCCAAAAACUGCAGCUUUUCUUCUUUUUCACCAUCAUGGAUCCCAAGAGUUCUUCCAAUAUUCCACCGGAGCAACCAAAGUUUCUCCUAAACCCAGAUAAAAGGGAUCCCUCAAGAGAUAGCAGAGACCUCCAACCCCUCGUUCCCUCCACUUCUUCCUUAGCUGAGAGAGAGCCUACCAGUGCGGUGGAUAAAGACGAGCAAAGGAAGCAGCUUGCUCCCAAGCGAAGCUCCAACAAGGAUCGGCACACUAAAGUCGAAGGCCGCGGGCGUAGGAUCCGCAUGCCAGCUCUCUGCGCCGCUCGAAUCUUUCAACUGACUCGCGAGCUCGGUCACAAGUCCGACGGCGAGACUAUUCAAUGGCUUCUACAGCAGGCGGAGCCUUCUAUCAUGGCGGCCACCGGUUCCGGCACCAUCCCCGCCUCCGCGCUAGCCGCAGCACCUUCUUCCAUUUCUCAUAACAAA